UUCGGCGUAUUCGCCCCUACUUUCAAUGGCCAUGGCAUGAUCAUCAUGGACAUGUGGCGAUAAGAAAUCCCCAAACCUGAACCCCGCAGUCGACGUUUUAUAGUCUUCAAAUGGCCUUUGACCUUUGAUCGAUCCGUGCUUCGUCGAUUGAUUGAUUGAUUGAUUGAUUGUGGAGCCUCUGCAUGCUCAUCUGGGCGUGAUCACCCAUUGUCGAGUAGAGCUUGUGCCUUGCCAUCCUCGGAGUCGGGUGGAUCUGAAUCCGGGUUGGUCGGGGCUAACGGGUGCGGCAAGUCAUUGUCAUUAUGGUCAAAUACGAGAUCCACGGGAGCGUGGCUCCGGGUUAUGAGCCGGUCAAGGACGUGUUCGAACGCCAUUUCCGCCAGGGAUUAGAAGCCAAUGCCCAAUGCUGCGCUUACGUGGGCUCGGAGAAGGUGGUGGACCUGUGGGGCACGGCCGUGGGCGAUAGCCAAUACAACGGCGAUUCCCUGCAGGUGGUGUUCAGCUCCACCAAGUGCUUGACGGCCAUUGCCAUGGGCGCUCUCAUCGAUCAGGGCCUCAUCUCUUACGACGACUCGGUCAGUUCGAUUUGGCCAGAAUUUGCCCACAAGGGCAAGGACCAAGUGCUCAUAUCCCAAGUCAUGCGCCAUGAAGCCGGAUUGGCCAACACCCAGGGCCAGUUCCCGGUGAGCGGACUCUUGCCCGAGAACAUCCAGAAGAAUGUGAUCGGACAUUGGCUGGAGCAGCAGGAGCUGAAAUUCCCCCGGAAAGAAGCCAACACGACGCGGCAGUAUCACUUUAUUUCGCGGGGAUUUAUUCUGAAUGAGAUCUUCCGACGGGCCGAGAAGCAACAUCGAACCAUUGGACAGUAUUUGAGAACGGAAGUGGCGGAACCUUUGAAGGCCGAUGCCUUCAUCGGGAUCCGGCCCGAGGAAGAGGCCCGCUUGGCUACCUUGACGGGUUGGUCGCGGCCUUACGUGCUGUGGCGCAUGCUAUUGCCGGAAUUUCUGGCUCCGGAUAUUCAAGUCAGUGCUAGUUCGUUCAAAAAAGCGUUCACUCGCUUCCUCAAGUUGUCCUACAUGCCCCCACCGCCGUGGCAAAGCGGUGAGGCCAACUUCAAUGUCUUGGACUUUUCUUGGAACCAUGACCAUGUGCUGCGGGGUGAGAGCCCGAGCUCCUCGGGCGUGUGCUCGGCCCGCGGGUUGGCCAAAAUUGGGGCGGUCAUGGCCAAUGGAGGCGAACUCGAUGGCUUCAAGAUCAUGUCCAAGCGGGCUUGGGACACCAUGCACGGUGGAUUGAGUUUAAAACAUGAUAAUGCUCUCAAGGACCCCGGAUGGUCGCCCACAGAAAUGUCGCAGGGUGGUGUGGCGUAUUACAGAGAACACGACAACGAACCCGAAUCUUUACGUCAGAUUCGUCGCUUGCGGAGCGGCUACUUUGGUUGGACCGGAUUGGGCGGGUCUGUGUUUCAAUGGCAUCCUAAUUUGAAGAUCGGCUUUGGCUACACGACCACCCUUUUAGCAUGGUAUGACAACUUGAAUAUGCGUGGAGGUCGCCUUCAGUAUGAGGUUCGUAAAUGUGCCGAAGCUGCUGCCGAGGCUAAGAGUAAAGAAGCCCAGCAACUCCACAAGGAUUCGAGACAACAAGGCUGAUUACGGCCAUCUAAUGUAAGGGUCAUUCGUGGGAAUGUCUAGCCAAUGAUUCAACGUUGAUUUUUAGAUAUGUCUUUUAAAUAUAGAUUUAUACUACCGGAUAA